UUACUUUCCUAAUGCCUUCCCGAAUUAAAGAAUGCAUGCUUAGAAAAUCUAUGGAAGGCUCUAAAUGGAGAUUGUCUUGUGCUUGUGUAUGUUCUUCUUUUUGAUUAUAGAAAGCUUCACACAAGACAUUAUUAUUCCAGGGCAGUCCAUAAAAGAUGGUGAAACUCUUAGAUCAGCUGGUGGAAGCUUUGAACUGGGAUUUUUUAGUCCUGGAAGUUCGAAGAACAGAUAUGUAGGAAUAUGGUACAAGAAAAUAUCUCCUGGCACUGUUGUUUGGGUUGCCAACAGGGAAACUCCCAUUUCUGAUAGGUCAGGAGUUCUAAAUAUCACCAGUCAAGGAAUUCUUACUCUUCUGAAUAGCAGCAAUAGUCUUGUUUGGUCUUCAAAUACAUCAAAAACUGCAGAGAGUCCAGUUGCGCAGCUCCUGGACUCAGGAAAUCUUGUAGUGAAAGAAAGAAAUGAUAACAACUUAGAGAACGUUUUGUGGGAAAGUUUUGACUAUCCUUGUGAUAACCUUUUGUCAGGAAUGAAGCUGGGAAGAAACUUUGUCACUGGUUUUGAGAGGUAUAUAUCAUCCUGGAAAAGCACAGAAGACCCUGCUCCAGGCCAAUAUUCUUUAAGGAUCGAGCCUCGUGGAUAUCCACAAUUAGUUCUUAAGAAGGGAUCAGAAAUAUUGUUUAGAGCAGGGUCAUGGAAUGGUCUAUAUUUUUCAGGUAAGCCUGGUCUUGAGCAAAAUCCAGUAUAUUCAUAUGACUUUGUCUUGAAUAACAUUGAGGUCUAUUACAAAUAUGAGCAUCGGAACAGUUCAUUUGUUUCAAGGUAUUCAUUGAAUCCACUAGGUGUUAUACAGCGUUUCAUGUGGAAUGAGAGGAAAAAUGAUUGGGAGAUUUUCUCAACGGCUCAGGCAGAUCAAUGUGCAAUCUAUGCCUUUUGUGGAGCAUAUGCUACUUGCACAACCAAUAAGUCUCCUCCAUGUACAUGCCUGGAAGGCUUCGUGCCAAGGUCAACUAAUUCAGGAGAUUUGAAUUCUGUAGAUUGGUCUGAUGGAUGUGUUAGGAGGACACCCUCGGUUUGUGAUGGUAAAGAUGGAUUUCUUAAGCACACAGGGUUAAAGCUACCUGAUACGUCACAUUCUUGGGCUGACAAGAGCAUAAGCCUCCAGGAAUGUGAGAAAAUAUGCUUGAGAAAUUGUUCUUGCACAGCAUAUGCAAAUUUAGAUAUUUUGAAAGGAACAGGAUGCUUGAUCUGGUUUAAUGAUCUGAUUGACAUGACAGAAUUCACCGAGGUGGGACAAGACCUCCAUAUACGGCUGGCUGCUUCUGAGCUAGAUCGCAUUCAAAGUAAAAGGCAGUCAGAGGAAAAGCUUAAAGCAGGAAUUAUAGCCAUCUCCAUUGUAAUUGCUACAGGAUUGACGAUAGUGGUAUUUGUGUUGUAUGUACGGAAGAAAAAGCUUAGGAAGGAAGAUGAGAAGAAGGAAGAGAUGGAGUUGCCUAUGAUUGAUUUUGCAACCAUAGCUAAUGCAACAAAUAACUUCUCAGAAAACAACAUGCUUGGGCGUGGUGGCUUUGGUCCUGUGUAUAAGGGUAUAUUGGUAGAGGGGCAAGAAAUAGCAAUAAAGAGACUUUCAAAGAAUUCUGGACAAGGCCUUGAAGAGUUCAAAAACGAAGUUACACUGAUCGCCAAGCUUCAGCAUCGAAAUCUUGUGAAGCUUUUUGGUUGUUGCAUUAAGGGAGAGGAAAGGCUGUUAAUCUAUGAAUACAUGCCCAACAAAAGUUUGGACUACUUUAUCUUUGAUAAAACAAGAAGCAGAGUACUAGACUGGCAUAGGCGCAUGCGUAUUGUUGAUGGAAUUGCUCGAGGGCUUCUUUAUCUUCACCAUGACUCUAGAUUGAGGAUUAUCCAUAGAGAUCUCAAAACGAGUAAUAUUUUACUGGAUAAUAGUAUGAAUCCAAAGAUUUCAGAUUUUGGCUUGGCUAGGAAGUUUUGUGGAGAUCAGACUGAGGACAAGACUAAAAGAGUGGUUGGAACAUAUGGUUAUAUGUCUCCAGAGUAUGCCUUUGGUGGGUGUUUCUCUCCAAAAUCAGACGUAUUCAGCUUUGGAGUGUUGGUUCUGGAGAUAGUAACAGGGAAAAGAAACAGGGGAUUCUCAGGUCCAGAUCAAGACCAAACUCUCCUCGGACAUGCAUGGAAAUUGUGGAUGGAAGAGAGGCCAUUAGAACUAGUUGACAAUGCAAUAGGCGACUCUUAUAAUGUAGCUGAAGUGUUAAGAUGCAUCAAUGUAGCUCUCUUAUGUGUGCAACAACGCCCGGAAGACAGACCAAACAUGUCAUUGGUGGUGCUCAUGUUGUGCGGUGAGAGUACAUUGCCUCACCCAAAGCAGCCCGGCUUUUUCUUGGAAAGGAAUCUGCCUCCUGCAGCUGAUUCUGCAUCAAGCAAGCAAGAAUUGUACUCACUAGAUGGAUCUACCAUUACAGCAUUAGAGCCACGCUAAAAGCUCAUAUAUGAUAAAAAUUCAUAGAGGAUUCGUAGGAAUAAGUAAAACAUUUAAACAUUUCACAAUAAAUGGCAAUGAUUUUUUCA